GUCGUUAUCUCCCCUGCCCGGAGAUGUACGUGUCCACAGCGGACGAAGGUGGCCUAGGCCGUACGUACGAUGAUUUGUCCCAUCAUUGGAAUUCCAAGGUGGUCCAAGCAGCCAGCCGUUUCGGCAGGGCACAAGGUGACCACAGCGGUCAAAGCAAGUUUAAGGUCCAUUGGGACCUGUUGGAGCCUUAGUAUCUCAGUUGAUUCCUCCUUCUCCGCUCCCCGCUCCUCUUUGGUGUGUCCCUGGACGCUUGUUUCGUAGCUGGGAGCACCUCUCUCUCUCUCUCUCUCGCUCUCUCUCCUUUUCUUGACGGGUGUGUCCUUGGACGCUUGAGUGGUAGCUGGGAACACCUUCGUCUCCUUCCUUUCUCGUUUGGUGUCUCCUUGGACGCUGGGCUCGUAGCUGGGAGCACCUCUCUCACUCUCUCUCUCUCUCUCUCACUCUCUCACUCUCCCUCUCCCUCUCCCUCUCGCUCUCUCUCUCUCUCACACCCUCUCUCUCUCUCUCUCCCUUCAGGGGAUGAAAGUUCUGAAUUCCUUUCCGGUCACCUACCCUGUACUCACGCGGUCACUCAGCGGUGGCCGUUUGUGGUUGAAGCCACGUGCAAACAACAAGAAGAAGAAACUGUUUAUUUUGCUGACCAACUGCUGUCCUUCAUUCUUGAACUGGAUCCUUUUUAAGAGCACACGUGUGAGUUGCAACAUAUGACAUGUGAGAGAUUUGGCUCGUUCAGCUUUGCGUUCAAACAUUUUCUUGUGUUUGUCUGAGCCACAGUGCAUGCAAGCAGCCCCCUUUGCAACCUGCACGUUGCACCGGGUAGCGCGUUUUGGCCAGCACAGCUCUCCUCACUUUGUUGCGAACCCAACUCUCCAACGGUCUGGCACGGGAAGUGCUCGUUGUUUGUUUGCACUUGCUUUUCUUGGUACCUGUCCGUCGACACGAUCACGGCCACGGAACGCGCGCAUGAGCGCAGCAUCUGAAACUGCGAGUGAGGGGGAACUCUUUUUAUAUGAUGAGAACUUUGGAUAUGCCGGAUUUGAAGCAGGUGGCCGCGGUGAAGGACCCAAAGCCCUGGUCUUCAUUGGUGGAUUGACGGAUGGUUUGUUGAGCCUUCGAUACCUGCCUUACCUGGCAGAGGCCCUCCGACCUCGGGGGUGGCGAAGCUUCCAACCGGUGUUGCAGAGCAGUUAUAGGGGCUGGGGCUUCAAUAGCCUUGAUGAAGAUGUCGCAGGACUGGACAAGUUCUUGGAUUUCUUGGCCUCCAAACGUGGGAUUUCCAAGGUCGUCUUGUUGGGCUCGUCCACCGGUUGCCAGGAUGCAGUGCAUUAUCUGAAGAGGGGGCAGCGCAAGUCUUUGAUUCAUGGAAUCAUCUUGCAAGCUCCGGUGAGCGACCGAGAAGCCUUACUGGCCGAAGAACGCAGCCCAGAGGAUCUCGAAGCCUUGGCCCACUUCAAGGACCUCGCGAAGCAGCUGAUCUCCGAGGGCCACGGUGACGAGCUGCUCCCGCGCCGGGCCUGCGCGCUCUUCGGCCCGCCCGAUGCCAUCACGGCGUACCGCUUCGACUCACUGACGCGGCGCAUGGGCGACGACGAUCUGUUUUCCUCGGAUCUCUUGGAGGAGGAACUGGUGGAAAAGCUGGGCCAUGUCACUGUGCCGUGCUUGCUGGCCCUCUCCGCGGACGAUGAAUACGUGCCCUCCUUCGUGGAUUCCGCCGCGCUGGGCCGUCGCAUGGCCGAUGCCAUGGCCGUGGGUCCGGGCGGAGGAGCCAAGGUGGUGGUCUUGGGCAGCGGCGGUCAUGGCGUUCGCACCGCGGAAGGGCAGGCGCAGUUCAUGUUGUCCGUGGCGGAGUUCCUUUCAGAGUUGGAUCAGGGGCAUCUCUUUCCGCUGGAGUGGGAAACAGCUCUGGCAGGUCAGUUGCUGGACCGUGCGAGAGCGUUCUCCGAGAGAGAACAGCGGCCGUUUUUGGUGGCCUUGGCUGGGAUGCCGGGAUGUGGCAAGACGGUCACAGCAGAGAUACUCAAACGUUUGUUGCAUCCUCGUUGUUUGGUGGUUCCCAUGGAUGGCUUUCACAUACCCUUAAGCGAAUUGAAGUCGAGGGUGGAUGCGGAUGAUGCGAUUUACCGGCGUGGUGCGGCUGACACCUUUGAUCCAAAAGCCUUGAAGGAGAAGUUGCUGGAAAUCAGGUCAGGUCCAGACCAGGUGCUUUUGCCCGACUUUGAUCAUGCUCACGGAGAUCCUACUUUUGAUACGAUCUGCUUUGAACGCAGCCGACAUCAGAUUGUGUUGGUGGAGGGCUUGUACCUGCUUCAUCAGCGAGAUGGGUGGAAAGGAAUGGACCAGCUCUUCGACUUCACCAUUUACAUUGAUGCAGAUUUGGAGGACUGCGUGCAGAACGUGAAGGAGCGAAACAAGGUCAUUCCAGGCUACACGGCGGAAGAGAUUGAUCGACGCUGUGAAGAAGUGGAUCGAGCAAAUGCCGAGGUGGUGCAAGCAUCGGCGAGCAAAGCUGAACUCACCGUGGAAAGUAGAGCUGCACCUCCCAGUACACACGCAUGAAAAGGAGAUCUCGAAGCGCCAGGGUG